AUGAAGAUGAAGAUGAGCACGCUUGCGUGGGCGACGCUGUUCUUCUGCCAGGACAGCCAGUGGGACCCGGCCCAGCCGGCCUUCGGCAGCCGGGCGAGCUUCGACCAGGAGCGCGCCCAGUUCAAGGAGCUGCGGGACUUCUUCUACAACAUCACCCGCGACGUAGACCUGGGCGACACCGCGGUCGAGCAGGGCGUCAUCGACCAGCUGCUGGCCAAGCUCGACGCCAAGGGCUACCCUCGGGCGACCAACAGCUUCACCAUCACCCGCUCCAACGGCGACAUCACGAUGGACACCGGCCUGGGGGUCAACCCGGUCAUCGAUAACCACGGCGGCCGCUACUCGCUGGGCAAGCCCAUGCUCUGCCGCGACUUCACGCCGGUCGUGUUCGACUACACCUACGUCACCCGCGUGGCCAAGCAGGUCAAGUUCUGGUCGCAGGCCGUGCAGACCUCGGUGCAGAAGCAGUGGUUCGCCUUCCGCUGGAACAUCACCUUUGAGUAA